CAGAAAUACCUUCUUUCCGUAAGGGGAGUUGCUCUGUGGCGCGCGGGAUUCUGGGAAAGGAGCGCGACGCUCGGCCCCCGGAGUGACGGCUGGGGAGCGCGACAAGGCGGGACCAAACACCGCGCAGUAUCUGCAAAUGUUUGUUAGUAGCCUGACAUUUCCCAAAACCUUUUAAUUACCAGAUGACUUCACCAAAUAAAGCAAUAGAGUUACAGAUGCAAAUAAGACAAAAUGCAGAAGAGUUGCAAGAUUUUGUGAAAGAAUUAGAAAAUUGGGAAAAGGAUAUUAAAGAAAAGGAUUGCAAUUUACGGCAACAGAGUGGAGUUCCAGUCAAGGAUUUACCACCAAUUCGAAAUGAAGCUUAUAAGAAAAGGAAGAAAAACAAAGUUAAAGCCAUCUCUAAGAAAACUACUGAAGAAAAUAAAAAGAAUAAGAUAAAAUCUUACGAUUAUGAGGCAUGGGGGAAGCUUGAUGUGGAUAAGAUACUUGAAGAACUUGAUAAGGAAGAUAGCACCCAUGAUUCAGUGUCUCUAGAAUCAGAUUCUGAAGAAGAUGGAAUACACAUAGACACAGAAAAAGCUCUUGCUGAGAAAGAAAAGGGUAAUAAUUAUUUUAAGCAAGGAAAUUAUGAUGCUGCAAUUGAAUGUUACACAAAAGGAAUGAAUGCAGAUCCUUACAAUCCUGUUUUGCCCACAAACAGAUCGUCUGCUUUUUUCCGACUGAAAAAGUAUUCUGUGGCUGAAUCCGAUUGUAACUUAGCACUUGCCCUAAACAAAAACUAUACAAAGGCUUAUGCCAGAAGAGGAGCUGCUCGCUUUGCUUUGCAAAAUUUUGACGGUGCUAAGGAAGAUUACGAAAAGGUUUUGGAGUUGGAUUCAGACAACUUUGAAGCAAAAACUGAACUUGGGAAAAUCGAACAGGCUCUCCUGUCGAAAGAAGGCUUCCAAGCUGAAGAAUCAGAUGUCUUUACCAACACUGAAAUAACAGAACAGAAACAAACUGAGGAGGAGCAGCUAAAGCAAAAGGCUAUGGCCGAAAAAGAUUUGGGAAAUGGCUAUUUCAAAGAAGGGAAAUAUGAAAUAGCAAUAGAAUGCUACACACGUGGAAUAGCAGCAGAUGGCACCAAUGCGCUUCUUCCAGCCAACAGAGCUAUGGCCUACCUGAAAAUUCAAAAAUAUGAAGAAGCAGAGGAAGAUUGUACUCAAGCUGUAUUACUAGAUUCCUCCUACUCAAAAGCUUAUGCCAGAAGAGGGACUGCGAGAGCUGCACUGGGAAAGCUAAAAGAAGCUAUGCAAGAUUUUGAAACUGUUUUGAACCUGGAACCUGGAAAUAAGCAAGCAGUAAAUGAACUAAUGAAACUUAAGAAUGAAUCAAUUGCAAAAGGGCUGUGGACAGGCACGGAAUGUCCUGGACUAUCACAAAAGGAAACAGAAGCACAAAAUCUAGUGAAACCUAUUGAUAAACCGUUGCAUCUUAGAUCAAAAAAACCCUUGAGAAGAAUAAUCAUUGAAGAAGUGGAUGGUGAGAUUCUGACCACAAAUUUGGUGGCUACCCCAAAUCCACAACCUAAACAGUCUGUUUCUGCAAGUGUAGAAGCAACACAUACCUCAGCAUCUGCACAGAAUCCAAGCAAAGAUUAUUUUUCUUCAGCUGAUACUCCCAAAGCAAAGCUGUUGAAAAUAGAAGAAAUCGGAGAUUCUGUAACCAUAGAGUAAGUACUGAUUUUAGUAUUAAAUAUGAACUAGU